AUUACUUUUUUUGGUUUUUCUGAGACUCAACAUUCCCAACAUUCAUACAACUUUCUAUCCUUCUUUCUUAUCAUGCCUCUGCAAUCUUCCUUCUCCUCCUUUUCCACCCAUUCUUCUUCUUCUUCUUCUUCCUCCUUCGGCUAUGCAUGGGAAUAUGACGUGUUUAUUAGUUUCAGAGGCGAAGAUACUCGCUAUGGUUUCACUGGCAACCUCUACAAAGCUCUUUCUGAUAAAGGAGUCCACAGCUUCAUUGAUGAUGAGGAGCUUCAAAGAGGAGACGAAAUCACACCCUCACUUCUCAAGGCAAUUGAAGAGUCCAGGAUUGCCAUCAUUGUCCUCUCUCCUAACUAUGCUUCUUCUUCUUUUUGCUUAGACGAGCUUGUCCACAUCCUUCACUGCAUCAAGGGAAAUGAUCGCCUGGUUUUACCGGUUUUCUAUGAGGUUGAUCCUUCGGAUGUGCGCCAUCAAAGAAAUAGUUUUGGAGAAGCAAUGGCCAAGCAUGAAGAGAAAUUCAAGAGUGACUUGAACAAGGUGCACAAAUGGAAGCAGGCUCUGCAUCAAGUUGCUAAUUUGUCAGGAUAUCAUUUCAAACACGGGGAUGGAUAUGAACAUAAGUUUAUCAGAAAUAUUGUGGAAGAAAUUUCAAGAAAGAUUAGACGUGUACCUUUGUUUGUUGCUCGUUUUCCUGUUGGACUAGAUUCACUAGAUUCUCGAGUGUCAAAAGUAAUUUCACUUUUGAAAAUGGAUUCGAGUGAUCAAGUUCACAUGGUAGGGAUACAUGGAGUUGGUGGAAUAGGAAAAACAGCACUUGCUUGUGCUGUUUAUAAUUUGAUUGCUGACCAUUUUGACAGUACGUGCUUUCUUGAAGAUGUGAGAAAAAACUCAGAGAGACAUGGCUUGGCUCAUCUUCAAAAUAUCCUUCUCUCUGAGAUAUUAGGAAAGGAGGAAACUAAGAUAGUGAGUUUUCAACAAGGAACUUCUCGAAUCCAACGAAGGCUAUGUCAAAAGAAAAUUCUUUUGAUUUUAGAUGACGUUGAUGAUCACAAACAACUACAGGCUAUUGCUGGAAAACCUGACUGGUUUGGUCCUGGAAGCAGAGUUAUUAUUACAACACGGGACACACAUUUGCUAAAAUAUCAUGGUGUUGAAAACACAUAUGAGGUAGAGGGUUUAAAUGAGGCAGAGUCUUCUCAAUUGCUAGUUAAACAUGCAUUUAAAAAUGGUUAUGUUAGCAGCCCAAGUUAUGCAGAUGUUUUGACCCGUACAAUAACUUAUGCUUCUGGUCUUCCAUUGGCUUUGCAAGUAAUAGGUAGUCACUUGUGUGGAAAAAAAGUAGAAGAAUGGGAAUCUGCAUUGAAUAAAUUUGACAGACAUCUUGACGAUAAAAUACAUGAGAUACUUCGAGUAAGUUUUGAUGCUUUGGGAAAAGAAGAGAAGAGUGUUUUUCUAGAUAUUGCCUGUUGUUUCAAAGGAUAUGAAUUAAAAGAAAUUACAGAUCUACUUCAAGCUCAUUAUGGGAGUUGCAUGAAAUAUCAUAUUGGAGUGCUUUUUGAAAAAUCUCUCAUAAAGAUCAAUUUGUAUGAUCUCAGUGUGACAAUGCAUGAUUUGAUAGAGAACAUGGGCAAAGAAAUUGCACUAGAAGAAUCACCAGAAAUGCCUGGAAUGCGUAGUAGGUUAUGGUUCUACGAAGACAUAGUUAAAGUUUUACAAGAUAAUCUAGGCACUAGCACAAUUGAAAUCAUAUAUUUGGAAUUUCCCUUACUGGAAAGGGAAGGAGAUGAAGAUUCAUUUGAAAAAGAGGGAAAUAAAGAUGUUGAAGUAAAAUGGGACGGAACAGCUUUUAAAGAGAUGAAAAAUCUCAAAACGCUUAUCAUAAAAAAUGGUUGUUUUUCUGAAUGUCCCAAAUAUCUUCCAAACAGUUUAAGGGUAUUGGAAUGGUGGAGAUUUCCUUCAGAGUGGCUACCAAAUGAUUUUCAACCAAAGAAACUCUCCAUACUCAAGUUAUCGAAUAAUCUCUAUUUGGCACAGAAGUUGGAUAGCUUAUCCAAGAAGUUGGUGAGUUUGAAAGUUUUGAAUUUUGAUUACAAUGAUUCUUUGAAAGAAAUAGCUGAUGUGUCUAGUCUUCAAAGUUUAGAAGAAUUUUCAUUCCGAGGAUGCAAAAACUUAGUUAAAGUACACAGUUCAGUUGGGCUUCUAUCUAAACUUAAAAGAUUGAAUGCUGAAUAUUGCGAGAAGCUCAGGACUUUCCCAGCAGCUAUCAAAUUGCCCUUACUGAAAGAUUUCAGUCUAUGUGGUUGCUCAAGCCUGGUCAAUUUUCCAGAAAUUUUAGAAGAGAUGGCAAAUGUAGGAUGGCUUGAUUUGAAAGGCACUGGCAUAAAAGAUUUGCCAUGCUCAUUUCAUAAUCUUUCUGGAUUGCGAAAUCUGGAAAUUAUUUGGAAUGAAAUGUGUAAGAUACCAAGCAUCAUUUUUAUGAUGCCACAACUAUCUUCAUGUUAUAUUGAGGGAGGAGGCAAGAAGAGGAGGGUAUCAUCGGAAAAGCCGGAGGAGGAUGAGGAGGAGGGGCUUCAAGGAAUACUGACUCACUCCCUCCCCUCGCAACAUAUGAUGAAAGCUCUUUGUCUCAGAGACACCAAUCUGUCAGAUGAUUUUUUUCCACUAGCUGUUGCAUGGCUUCCAAAUGUGAGACAAUUAAGCCUAAGAGGCAAUAAUUUCACAGUCCUUCCUGAAUGCAUGAAAGAAUUUUGCUUUUUAUACUUGCUCAACGUCGAUGAUUGCAACCAUCUUCAGGAGAUUAGAGGGAUUCCACCUUGCUUGACAAACUUCUCAGCAGUAAACUGCAAAUCCUUGAGUCCUAGAGCCACAAGAGUUUUACUCAAUCAGGAAUUACAUGAGGGUAGAUGGACAAUCUUUGCAAUGCCAGGUGGAAGGAUUCCAAGGUGGUUUGAGAAGCGCUGCAGCGGAGCUUCAAUUUCAUUCUGGUUUCAUGGCACUGAAUUCCCUGACAAUGCUCUUUUCUUUGCAAUUCUACUCAAAGAUGACCUCCCUUCCCCAGUUGAAGUACUACCCAUCGUGACUGUCAAUGGCAACCAGGUUUCCUGUCGAUGGCGGGAGACCCCAGUGGAUCAAUUAUUUAUUUUUCAUCUGUCAGAGACAAUUGCUUAUAAUGUAGUACUACGUUUUGAAAACAAAUGGAAUCAUGCUGAGAUUUCAUAUGAAGCACAUGACUACUAUACCUAUGAUGAGGUCCCCACUGAGUCAAUUGCAAAAGAGAUUGGAAUCCAUCUAUUGAAGCAAAAGAUCAGUAGCAGUAUAAUUCAACAUAUCCGAUUCACUGAUCCUUACAAAAUGACACAACUAAUCAUAAUGAUGAUGAUGGUCUCAAUAGUAUCGCCAAACCAUAAGAAGCAGCCCUUACUCCUUGAAACAUCCAUUGGUUUGUGGACAUUGCUGUUCCUAACACACACUCUCUUUUUUGGAUAAAUAACUGUCAAUUAGGAAGGAGGGUAGGGAGGAUUCAAUAUCAGCAUCCGCACAGCUAUAUGGUUGUCACCACUUGUAUAUGUCAUAGUAUAAUUAUUGUUAUUAAGAUAAGUGUGAUGCUUCCCUUGCUUGUGCUUGUUUGAUUCAGUAUGAAAUAGAGAUGACCAUUGAAUAUGUUACUUGCUACUUUGACAACUCUUUUGUAUUAUACAUUUAUAUAUUGAAUCAUUCUGAAUGUGUAACAUAA